AACAAAAUGGCUGCGCCCAUGGACAAAACAAAACUUCGCAAAAAUCGAGUUUAAAACGCCACAUACACCUAAAUCUGCGAGGCAAUAACAAAAUAUGAGUAAUAUUUACAUUCAAGAACCGCCAACCAGUGGAAAAGUGCUCCUCAGUACAACUGUUGGCGAUAUUGACAUUGAGCUUUGGACCAAGGAGACACCAAAGACAUGUCGAAACUUCAUCCAGCUGUGCAUGGAAAGUUACUACAACAAUUUAACAUUCCAUCGUGUGGUCAAGAAUUUCAUCGUCCAGGGUGGUGACCCUACUGGUACAGGAGAAGGUGGUGCAUCGACAUAUGGCAAGCCAUUCAGGGAUGAAUUCCAUUCACGUUUACGAUUCAAUAGGAGGGGUCUGGUUGCCAUGGCAAAUGCUGGGCCCAAUGAUAAUGGCAGCCAGUUCUUCUUCACGCUCGGAGCAACUCCUGAACUUGACAAGAAACACACACUCUUUGGAAAGGUCAGUGGCCCUACAGUUUAUAACAUGUUAAAAUUAGGAGAUGUAGAUACUGACGCAAAUGAUCGACCAAGAUUUCCAAUGAAAAUACUACGGACAAAGGUUCUGCACAAUCCCUUCUCUGACAUUGUGCCAAGAGAUCUAAAGAAUAUAGAGGAGGCUAAUGAGAAGAGAAAAGUUAGUACAUCCAAGGCAACAAAAAAUUUCAAACUGUUAUCUUUUGGCGAAGAAGCUGAGGAAGAUGAAGAAGAAGUCCUGGAAGUGACCAAGAAAAUGCAUGGCAAAAGUAAAAGUAGUCAUGACCUUACCGAUGAUCCGCGGCUGAGUUCUGUCCCGGCAGUCAAACAGCCAAAGCAACAGAAGCGGAAGGCAAAGGAUGAUGUCAAGCAGAAAAAAGAGGAGUCUUCAUCAAGUAGUGAGGAGAGUGAUGAGGAGGAAAAGGAACGAACAAAAGAGAAUGUGAAGAAGAAAUUCAAGACGGAAGACUCGAAAGAAAACCCUCAACCAGUGCCGCCUCCAGCUAGUAAGCACGAUAUGGAAAAAUCAAGCAUUGAAGAGCUUCGGAAGCAAGCACGACAACUGAAAAGGGAGAUCAUGGGAUCUUCAAAGAAGGAGGAGGAAAAAGUGGAGGAAAAGAAAAACUCUACACCUGUUGAUGAGUCUGUUGCUGAAUAUAUGGAGAUGAGAGAAAAAUAUGCCACCGAGAAAAAACAGCAGCCAAAGAAGGGUUCAGCCCGGGAGGAGCAAACAUUGGCACUGCUGGCAAAGUUCCAGGCCAAACUCCACACAGCUGCUGAGGAGGCAUCUGAAGAGCCUGAUGAGGCUGAUGAAGUGGAAGAUAAGGAGAGGAAGAAGGAGGGAGAGCAAUCGGAUGAAGAUGCUGAUGUUGAUCUGACUGGAACAGCCUGGUUAGCCCACAAGUUGCGUUUCGACGAAGGUCCCAAUAAAGUCCUCGAUGCCAAUAUCCAUGAUGUGGACCGCUACGAGAUAUUUGAUCCAAGGAAUCCUAUCAACAAACGAAAACGUGAAGCGAGUAAACCUUCAUCAAAGGAUAAGAGAAGAUGAAAGCAAACUAUUGACUGAACAGGACAGUGCAUUAGAAGUGUUAAAUGCUCUGAUAAAUGCCAUUUAUAUGUGCACUCAGUGCAUCUUGAUUCAUUAUCAUUCUGUACAUAAUUAUACAUCUGUCAUUGAAAUCAAUAAAAGUUGUAGAACUCU